CAGUCUACACAUAAUCUGUUUUCAUAUCUAGUAUUGUGGUUGUGAAUUUCACAGUACAUCUUAUAUUUACUAUUGCUGAAGUGAUGAACUGUUUUCGUUUACUUUCGUAGUUGCCUCUGUUCUUGUCUACGCAAACUUCGUUUAAUUUAUGUUAAGAUAUAAGCCCGUAAGGGAGUUUACCAAUUAAGGCGCGUAGCCUUAGGCAACCACUGUAAAUUUGGCUCUUCUCAAAUCGGCGAAUUCGAUCAAACUUUCUGUCCUCCGUCGUCACAGCUGCAAGCAUUUGGACUACAGUACAACUGCGAAAGUAAUAAAGUAGCAAAAUGGGUCCAAAGAAGAAAGGUAAAGGAAAUAAACUGUCUCGUAUGAGUGAAGAAGAGAGAGCUCGAUAUCUACAGCAUAGAGCUGCAAUUGAGGAAGAAGCCAGGAGGCGUAAACAACAACUUAUUGCCACAUUUAUGAAGAACAAGCUUAAGCAUGAAGAAGCAUUCACACGACUUAAUAUGGCAAAAAUUAACCAAGAGUGGCGUCAGAUAUUGCGUAACAUAAAAACCAAGGAGCUGAAGCAGAAUUUGACUGCCCUUUGGGAGUCUUUUCAACAUGUCACCAGCUACAAGACACAAGUUAUGGAAAAUCUUUUAAAAGAUAUGGAAGAUGCAGCUGACCAGUAUAAUAGAAUAUUACAAUGCCAUACAGAAGCAACAGACAGAUUGCUCCAGAUUCAUGAAGCACGGCUAUCUCAUUUGCAUAACAUUUAUUUGGAGGAACGUAAGUCACUGCUACAAGCAGCAGAAAAAGAGAGGUGUAAAAUUCAAGAAACAGCUAAUGCUGAAGAAGAAUAUUUACGUGUUCUUCUUUAUGGAUUACAUGCUUCAAUGGAUAAAUUCAGUAAAGAGGGGAUAGCUAACCAGAUGGCAAAAGUUGAUGAACGCAGGAAUAAUCUGCUGAGCGAUUUUGAACAAAUGCAGGAUGAAAAGCGCUCCGUGAUUGAGAAUAUAUGGAGAGACUUUCAACAAGUUCUCAGAAAUUAUUUUUCAGAAACUGAAAACAGACGUUCACAUUAUCAUCUGCUGAAAUCCCAAGACAGUGAAAGUACUAAAACAAUUAAUGAUUGCAACAUGAAGAUUAAUUUGCUGACAGAACAAGUUGCUGCAUUGAAGCUUCAGCUGACUACAUUAAAAAGUGAUCAGAAUAAGAAAAAGGCUGAUCUAAUAGAAGAGCAAGAACAUUGGCAGAAAUCUUUUUGGGAUAUGAGGGUUAAAUUAAGUAACGAAAAGAAGCUAGAUGAAAAACAAAUGUUGCUCAUGGUUACUUGCAGUAACAAUACCAUCAAUGAACUAAAUGUAAUCAUCAAAAAAGCAGAACAGAUCUUCCAUUUGUUUGGAAUCUGUAGUAAAUAUGAGACUGAAAGAGAGAAAGUUAUUCCCUUUGGGAGUGAUUUCUUACCACCUAGUGAAGAUGAUGAUCUCAAGACACUGGAGAAACAAGAUAUCAGUGAUCCAUUACAAGAGGAGAUACUUACAUACCAGAAGCUUGAAAACUUUUGGAGGAAGUACAAUCAUGUUUUCCUUGAAUCUGCUGCUCUGAAGCUACAUCAUGAAGCCUUGACAAUUGAGAAUCAACAGCUUAAAACAACAUUACGCCAUUAUUUGUCAGUAAUGUCCAGGGGGAAUGAUCCUGAAAAUGUGAAAAUACGUUUAAUGGGGGCACGUCCAAGUACAACACGUGCUAUAAGAAAGCACAUUACACUGAUGAAAGGAUAUGACAAAAUCUCUUCCAAAAGACGCCCAGUAACUUGCAUAGAAGCUAAUGGAAGUAUAGCAGUGAAACAUAUGUUGCGAUCAAAAUUUGUGUAAUAUUUGUAAUUUAGUGCUGGUAUUAACAUUUCCUUUUUUUAUAUUGUAGAGUGUAAACAGAAGAAAUAGUGACAACUUCCUAUGUUGUGGUGACUUAUACGAAGCUAAAAAUUUCUGUCUUUCAUAUUGCAGUGUUGCAGUGUUGCUCCCAUGUCAGUAUCCUAAAUGUCAGCUACUUUAGUUUGCUUUUUGUUGCACCUUUUCUUUAGUUUCUCUCAUAACUCAUACAAAAAAACUUUUCUUUGUGAAACCUGAAGAUUUUGUAACCUUUUUGUAUUGCUAUUGGCCAAUUCUAUGAUUUUGUCUUGUUAUUAUAGUUAGAUAGUUAGUGACUUUCAUCACUCUUUGCCUCACGAUUAAACAGUCUUUUGCUGCAUAACAGAAGAUUAAGUUGUCAUAUCUGUGUUUUCUAUUGUCUGGCCUGUUGUUUCAGCGUAUUUUUACUUUACCUAAUGAUUUUUUGUUAUGAGGUGCUACUGAAAUAAUGACUGCUUUUUUUCUAAAAAAGUUGGAAGUUCAAUGGCUCUAUUGGUGCUGUCAUUUGCUGGUUGUCUUCACAUUGAGUCUGAAGUCUGUUAUUUUACCUCUCUUCAGGUCUGGAAGAGAAGGUCUAGGAGAAGUUGUGCUUGUAGAAGAUGUUGAUAUUUUGUAGGACUGAAAAGAAUAUAUCUGUACCAUAGCCCCAUGUCAUAGAGAUGUUAUCAGUGGAUUAGAAUUGGAGAAGUUCUGGAAUUUUGUGUAGAUAAUUGCUAGAUGGCCAGUAAAUAUGUUCACAUAGGAAGAUACCACACUGGCUUUCAUACCUAUGUCACAGAUUUAUUUGUAUGCCCGACAUCCAAAGGGGAAGUAACAUUGUUUAAGAAUUUGAUGUCAUGAAUUUAGAAGGGCCAUGCAUAAAGGACAAUGGUGGACAGGAAAGUGUAUUCUACAGAGGCAACCAGCAAGCAGGGAGAUAGAUAGUAAUGGAAUGAGAACAUUCAAGAGAAAUUGAUGGAAUUAUGAGCUGUGUUCUAAAACAAACUGAACUUUUGAAAUAGUGCAUGAAUCAGCAGGUGGAACACUCUCCCUUGUCAAAAAACAGAGGGACAGAGUCAAUGCUACCUCACCUGCGAAUUCAUAGUCUCACUGUU